AUGCACUUCCUAACCACACUCUUCCUGACCCUCACCCCACUCGCUCUCGCACUUCCUACCUCCCCUCCCACUUCCGCUAUUGCCGUCGAACCCAGACAAAGCUGCUACGCCACCUGCGGCACUGUCUGCUACACCUCCGCCCAAGUCAGCGCCGCCGUAAAAGCAGGCUACGGCUACUACAACAACGGUGACGAAGCGGGCAGUUCGACGUAUCCGCACACGUACAAUAACUACGAGGGGUUUAAUUUCCCGGUUUCUGGGCCGUAUCAGGAGUUUCCGUUGAAGAAGUCGGGGACGUAUACUGGUGGAUCACCCGGUGCAGAUAGAGUUAUUUUCAAUACAAAAGGCCAGUUGGCGGGGGAGAUUACGCAUACGGGGGCUAGUGGGAAUAACUUUGUUGCGUGUACGUGA